AUAUGGAUUGAUACUGAAUGAGCACAUGUUAAACUGAUGUGCUCUUUGAGUCAAUGCUGUAAAGUUUACUAUAGUAAUAUAAUGAUUUGCAGAGAGACAACACUUAGGCACUUAAGUUGGAGGGCAUCUGCUUCACUUGCAUAAAUGCUUAAAUACGUAAAUUAAUUUAAAAACACACAGACUCAGAUUUAUUGUUGAUUUUUGCAGAUCUGCUGCUUCCACACAGAAAUUCAUGUCCAGUGAAGCUCGUCCCACAUCGAUCACACCGACAGUGAUUUCAGCAAUAAAUGCUGGAAGAUCUCCAUCAGUUCAGAAGUGCAGACGAGCAUCAGAGCAUCAGGAAGAGCUGAGAUCUGGGUUUAUUAAAGAGGACGGAGACAAGAUGAGAGAUCCAGAGCCCUGCAGAAUCAAACACACUGAAGAACUAAAAGACCCUAAAGAAGAGAGCGAGGAGAGAGAAGUGGAGGAGAAACAUCAUGUCAGACCUGAAGGGAGUCGCUCGAAAACUACAAAUAAUUUUUUUAAGGAAAGAAGUGAUCAAUGCGGCAAAACAUUUCUCGUGUCAUCAGACCUGAAGAAACACCUGGCAGUUCAUACGAAGGAGAAGCCGCAUUCAUAUGCUUUAUGUGGAAAGGGUUUUUCACUGCUGCGGAGUUUAAAAUCGCAUCCGAAAACACAUACUGGUGUAAAAGAUCAUGUGUGCUUUGAGUGUGGGAAGUCAUUUACUUGGGCAAAACAUUUAAAACUGCACCAGAGGAUCCACACUGGAGUGAAACCGUAUAAGUGUUCACACUGUGACAAGUCGUUCAGUUGGUUAGCACAUCUAAAAACACAUGAGCAGGUCCACAGCAGAGAGAAAACACACGUGUGUGAUCUGUGCGGGAAGAGCUUUGCAUGCAAAAAAUAUUUAAGGGUCCAUAUGAGGAUCCACAUGGGAGAAAAGCCAUAUGCGUGUGAUCAAUGUGGAAAGAGUUUCACUCAAUCAUCACACCUUAAAGAACACAUGAGGAUCCACAACGGAGAAAAGACGCACGCAUGUCAUCAGUGCGGCAAAACAUUUCUUAGGGCGUCAGCUCUGAAGAAACACCUGCCAGUUCAUACGAAGGAGAAGCCGCAUUCGUGUUCUGAAUGUGGAAAGAGUUUUUCACUGCUGAAAAAUUUAAAAGUACAUCAGAAAUUUCACAGCACCGUGAAAGAUCAUGUGUGCUUUGGGUGUGCCAAGACUUUUUCGUUGGUAAGCCAUUUAAAACUGCACCAGAGGAUCCACACCGGAGAGAAACCUCACAAGUGUUCACACUGCGACCAGAGAUUCAGUCGGUCAGCAAAUCUGAAAAUGCACGAGAGGAUCCACAGCGGAGAGAAGCCGCACAUCUGUGAUCAGUGCGGGAAGAGUUUCAGUCAGUCAGCGAAUCUGAAAAGACAUGAGAAGAUCCACAGCGGAGAGAAGCCGCACACGUGUGAUCAGUGCGGGAAGAGCUUCUCAUUAAAAAGCUAUCUUGAAGUUCACGUGAGAAUCCACAUUGGAGAAAAGCCGUAUGCAUGUGAUCAAUGCAGCAAAACAUUUCUCGUGUCAUCAGCCCUGAAGAAACACCUGGCAGUUCAUACGGGGGAGAAGCCGCAUUCAUGUUCUGUGUGUGCAAAGAGUUUUUCACUGCUGAAAAGUUUAAGAUCGCAUCAGAAAACACACACUGGUGUGAGAGCACAUGUGUGCUUUGAGUGCGGGAAGACUUUUACUUUAGAAAGCUAUUUAAAACUGCACCUGCGGAUUCACACCGGAGAGAAACCUCACAAGUGUUCACACUGCGACAAGAGAUUCACUCAGUUAUCAAAUCUGAAAACACAUGAGAAGAUCCACAGCGGAGUGAAGCCGCACACGUGUGAUCAGUGCGAGAAGAGUUUCACUUUUAAAAGUCGCCUGAAGGUACACAUGAAGGUCCAUGCAGUGGAGACUCUGAGCAAUAAAGUCGCUUCAGUGUAAGUUAGUUUCCUAACAGCCACAAUCAGUGACGGGACAUUUUGUUGGUUGCUUGGAAAGUAUCUCGUUAUUGAGAAAGUAUGUUGUUGUUAUUAUAUAUAGAUUAGAAAGUGUCUCUUUCUCUUUAUAAUGACUUGCAUGUUGACGUAUAGGUAACACGCUAUAAUAACUUUCAUAAAUAAAUCAUCAACAAACAUUACGUAAUGCUUAACGGAUGAUUGGUUCAUAUAUUCACUUAUCGAGAAACGUGAAAUAAUGUGCUCGUUAAUGUUUACUAAUAAAUGUAUUACACAUUUCGUGUAAAUUUAAAAUGCUUACAAAUGUCAUUAAACGUCUAAAUCAUAAGAUCACGCACAUCUUGAAAAUCUACAAGUGAUUUUAACAUGUUAUACAAUGGUUAAAAGCUUGUGUUAAUGCACAGCACGUUUGCUGCUGUUGAGGUGUGAUUUAGGAAAGGUUAGGCUCAGGUUUGGGUUGGUUUAAGGAUGGGUAAGAGGUCAACGCUGCACAGGGGUCAAUUUGAGUACUAUAAGGGAACACGAUUCAAGCUGUUUAUAUUGCAUUGUUUUGAUAAAUGAAGUACUUUCUUGAAAAUGUGCCCCUCCCCGUCCUGUUGAUGUAUGACUCGAGUAA